ACACGCCGGAAGUUAGCCACUAUUACAUAUUACGUAGAAGAAGAAGGAGCUGGGUUUCAUUGAAAACAAUUACAACAUUUUGUCAAAGUAUGCAGUAAGAAGUAAGGCUCGCUGUGUUGCUUUGUCCUGAGCACGAUGGCUGCUCAGAGAGUUCUCCCUCAGAGCAAAGAGUCUCUACUGCAGAACUACAACAAGAGACUGAAGGACGACAUCAAGUCCAUCCUGGACAACUUCACAGAGAUCAUCAAAACAGCAAAGAUAGAGGAUGAGACUCAGGUUUCCAGGGCAACCCAAGCGGAGCAGGAUCAUUAUGAGAUGCACGUCAGAGCUGCCAACAUCGUGCGAGCGGGGGAGUCCCUGAUGAAGCUGGUUUCCGAUCUGAAGCAGUUCCUGAUCCUGAACGACUUCCCCUCGGUGAACGACGCCAUCAGCCUGCAGAACCAGCACCUGCGCUCUCUGCAGGAGGAGUGCGACAAGAAGCUCACCUCGCUCCGGGACGAGAUCGCCAUCGACCUGUAUGAGCUAGAGGAAGAAUAUUACUCCUCCAGGUACAAGUAGGCUCAUACUUGCCCCCCCAUCCCACGCCCCUCUCUUGUCCGACACCAUGUCCUGUCUCACCUUUACCAUCACUGCUGAGCCCAGGGAGGGGUUCAUUCUGCCAACAUCAAACACCUUUCAGGUUGAAUGUAUCUCAUCCUCAUCAUCAUCAUAUCCAAACAACUCAGAUCACUGUUUAGGGGUCGUUGUGAUGGAGAUCAUCUCACUGAGGGAUUUGUUAUUGAUCAGUAAGUGCCUUGACUUUUUUUUCUCUUCUGACACGUGUCAUAAUUGGUCAAAUAGAGAGGACGUCAGCAUCAACGGGGUAUGCAACUGAAUAUGACCGGUGUAAAAAACGACCACCUUUUGUGUAUUUUUGAGCUUUCAAUGCAGUUAAUUGAUGCUGCUUGGUAACAAGGAUGCUUUUUAUAAUUUAACAAAUGAAUCCUUGGUGUUGAUCAACUGCUAAAUUAAAUGAUAAGAGGCGAUCAGCCUUUUGGUUUUCUGGUCUGCAGCCUUAAAUAGAGUAAAGACAUUGUAACAUAAAUGCAGACUCAUGGGAGAGAUGUAUGGUUUAGUGGAUAAAGUAGUAAGGGUUUGACUUGUAUGUCAUUUUCAAAUCAUAAAUGGCAUAGUGAUGGCCGAUAAGGCAGAUUUUAAGGAUGGACUUUGGAUGAGUGAUUGGUUUAGACAUGACUGUUUACUGUUAUUUAUUCGAGAUCAAAUCUGAAACUACUACGAGUUUCUUUUUUCUGUAAAAGCAAUCAGAUCCUACUUUUUUUAUCACUCACCUACCAUGCAAGCUGUGUCAAUCACACGUGCUGUACCUGUAGACCUUUUAAUGAUUAAGAAAUAAAGUAGAGACAAAACAC